AUGAAAAGAACCACGGCACCAAACACACUUCCAUCAAAACGAACAGACAUCACUGACGUAAAAUCAAUCUCCAAAGAAGACCUCAAAAAAACAACAAAAGAAGACGUCGAAAAGGCAACUAAACAUCAAAAAGUGAAAAAAACAAAGGUUGCUCUUAUAGUCUCAUAUGUUGGUCGUGGGUAUCAAGGUUCAAUGUACUUAAAAAAUGGAGAAAAGACAAUUGAAGGUGACGUUGAAAAUGCCAUCUAUUUAGCGGGAUGCAUUUCCGAGGACAACAAACAUGACUUUAAAAAAGUCUCGUGGAGCCGUUGCGCUCGUACCGACAAAGGUGUUUCUGCGGCAAACAAUAUAUUCAGUCUGAAAAUGGGGACUGAUGGCAACUUUAUUGAGCGAAUCAAUUCGCACUUACCCGAGACUAUUCGCGUGAUGGACUGUGUUCGAGUGCGUAGAUUGUUUGACGCACAUACUCGAGUUGAUAACAGAAAUUACGAGUAUGUUUUCCCUUCCUACGCGUUACAACAGCUCCAUCCAAAUGACCUCAACAUCGACUUGAAUUACAAAGCAACAGAAGAAGACAUUCAGUAUUUCAAUUUUGUAAUUGGACACUAUAUACGCUCACAUAACUUCCAGAAUUACACUUACAAUACAAAAGAAACCACACCUGAGAGUCAGUCCAACAUUCGAAAUAUCCUUUCUAUUGAAGCAACUUUGGUUCAGAGAAACGGAUUGGACUUAGUUGUUGUGGCAUUGAAAGGACAAAGCUUUAUGAUAUACCAAAUCAGAAAGAUGGUUGGGUUUGCACUGAUGUUGACAAACAUGCGUUACUCUAAAGAGAUGGUUGACUCUAUUAUGGAGACCUCAUUCACUUUAGUCAAAUGGAGAAGCUUAGUCCCCACAGCACCACCAUACGGACUGUUCCUUGAAAGGUGCAAUUUCGACGUUUACAACAAUGACAUUCAAAACAACAUACAAACACAAAAUUUGCCGAUUAUCAACUCAGAAGAGACCAUUAAGAAGUGUGAAGAGUUUAAAGAGAAGUCCAUUUGGACAGAUAUCACUAACUAUGAAAAGGAGAACCACCCAUUUGCUCAAUACUUCCAAAACGAAGUCCACUAUUCAAAAAUCGACGCAGUGCUGAGUGGGAAGGCGACAUUGGAAACCUUCAAUGAGGCUCAAAGUGUGAAAACACUGCCAAAAGCUGAUGAUAAAUCUGAUGAUUAA